GCUUCUUUCUGAAGUUUCUCAGUUAAACUUAGAAGACGAGAGUUUCCCCAUAAAGACCGAAGAUGUCAAACUCUGCGAGGGACCGGCAAGAUGGCGCUGCACUGUUCGUUCUCUCCGCAGUAACAUUAGCCUUAAUGACCAUUCUCAGCGUCUGGAAGUUAAAGCAAUUCAAAUACAGGCUCAUCAAUGAAGCUGGAGGUGCAAUGUUUUACGGUGUCUUCCUGGGUUUAGCCGUCAGGUACCUGUGGUUGGACCGAGACGAGCGUUUGGAGGACACGGGCGGUGCGUGCCACUGCCCUGGUCUGAACAGCACACCCCGUGUCAUAACGGUCAACACCUCAUCCGACGGGCACUGCUACAGACACAUUGGGACGGUGGGCCAGAGAUGCGCGCGGCUCUCGAGCGCUCACACGGGUGUGUUUGAAUCGGAGGUCCUUUUCAAUCUUUUUCUGCCACCGAUCAUCUUCUUUGGGGCUUACACCCUGAAUCAGAGACGAUUUCUCAACAAUCUGGGCUCUGUUCUGACCUUUGCUUUUCUGGGCACCAUGAUCAGUUGUUUGUGCAUAGGGGCCUGUGUCUACGGCUUCACCCGACUCAUGGUGCUUCUGGAACGGGCAGCAGAUGGAGAGUUCUCCCUCACUGACUGCCUCCUGUUUGGUGCAAUCAUGUCAGCCACUGACCCUGUCUCUGUCCUCGGGCUGUUAUCAGACCUACGCGUGGAUUCGGAUCUGCACACCCUCCUGUUCGGCGAGAGCGUCCUUAAUGACGCCGUUGCCAUAGUCUUGACACACGCCAUCGCCUCUUACGACCAGAUGGGAACAGGAAACGUCUUUGACCCACCUGCCUUCCUUCGUUCUGUGGGGUUCUUCCUCGGAGUGCUCAUUGGCUCCUUCCUCCUCGGAUUCAUAUUCACAGUAAUAACAGCCCUCCUCACCAAACUCACCCGGCUGCAUGAGAACCCUCUGCUGGAAACAUCGAUCUUCUUCCUGCUGUCCUGGAGCAGCUUCCUCUCGGCGGAAGCCUGCGGACUUUCAGGCAUCGUGGCGGUUCUGUUCUGCGGCCUGAGCCAGGCGAAGUACACGACUCUCAAUCUGUCCCACGAGGGGAAGACACGAACCAAACAGCUCUUUGAAGUUCUCAAAUUCCUCGGGGAGAUUUUCAUCUUCGGCUACAUGGGAUAUAUAUGGUUUACAUUUCGUCACCAUGACUUCAGAGCUCUCUUCAUCUUUGGGGCAUUUUUAUCCAUCUUUAUUUCAAGAGCCUGCAACGUCUACCCUUUGUCGUUCCUGCUGAACCUGGGUCGUACAAGCAAGAUAUCUCACAGCUCUCAGCACUUCAUGCUGUUUGCAGGUUUAAGAGGGGCCAUUUCUUUUAGCUUGGCAGUAAGAGACACAUCAACCGAAGCCAAACGCACCAUCCUCACCACCUGUCUACUUCUUAUUGGCUUCACUGUCUGGGUGCUGGGCGCAGCUGCUGGUCCCCUGCUGGGUUGCCUGGACCUCAGAGUGGAGGAGGACACAGGCGGCAAUUUGGAGGAUGUUUCAUCUGAGGCUGAUAGAGAGGAGCCCGACACAUCACAGAGCCUAUGGCACCGUCUGGACCACCGAUAUCUAACGCCCCUGCUAACACAUUGUGGCCCCCCGCUGACCGACUCGCUGCCACAGUGGUGUGGGAGAUUUACCGGCGUCUUCUGUGGCCACCAAAAACAGAAGGAUGAGGAGCGGCCCUUUGAGACUGAGCUGGAGGACUCCAACGUCAACGUGGAGAGAUCCGAGCUUUCAUCGGCCCGAGGCAGCGACUCUGGUUCAGAGCAUCAAGAGGACCUGCUGGAGGGAGACUUGGGCCUUGGCACCGCAGCAGCUCAUGUCAUAGAGGAGGGAAAUCCCCCCCUCUAACUCUCCCUUAUCCUCCCCCUGCUGCCUUAAUGCUAGCUCCAACCCCCCACAGAGCACGGGGGGACUCUGGUCUGCGUAUUUCAAAGCCACCUUAGCGUGUCUCGCAUAAGGUCACACAACCCCCAUGCACUGAGAUGUGUGCAGACGCACACACUGGUGGGAAGGGACCAUUAGUGAAAACCAGCACUCUUCCUGUUUCUCUGCUGGAGAUGCCUUGGCUUGCUUUCCCUCAGCUUUCUGUAGUUUUUUAAACCUGAAAUCAAAAUGAUGAAAGGCCUUUUUUAUCUAUAGGUGUAUGUCAGUAAAUUAGAAUAUCAUCAAAAAGUAAAUCAGUUGCGGUUUAAAAGUGAACAAGGGAUAUUUUGAUUGAUCUCAAAGAGAGGGCAGUUUUUCCUGCGUUUAUUCCGGAUAAUUUAUGUUUAUGGCUUACAGUAUCUGUGUUUUUGUUGUUUGUUUUUUAGAAGUAUUACGUAAGAACAAUAAAAAAUGAUUUCUAAUGCAGAGACUAUGUUAUAGCAGUGUUACAGUCUACAGAACCAUGGGGAGGACUCCUUGACUCCCUCCACAAGGAGGGUAAGCCAUAACGGAUCAUUCCUAAAGAAGCUAGUCGUUUAUUGAAUGCUUUUAUAUAGAAAGUUGAGUGGAAGGAAAAAGUGUGGUAGAAAAAGGUGCACAACCAACAGGGAUAAGGGUCACAUCACAUCAACCCCCUCAGGAUAUUGACUAAAACUGUCACUUUCCUUGUGUUAAGCCCCUCUUGAACCAGAGACAACGUCCCAGGAAAAUGUCUUACCCGGGAUAAGGGAAAAAAAGGACUCUAUUUCUGCUCAGUUGUCCACAGCCCUCCUUUUAGAUGCAAGUAAACUUUGCAUUUUGUUCAAAAUCAGUCUGGCAGAAGAGGUGCCAAAUCCAACUUGCUUGAGCUCCAGUAUGAAUGUUCAACAAUCGGUGACGGUUUGGGGAGAAAUGUAUCCAUUUUGGGCGGUGCUCUGCGUUUUUAGCUUUAGAGUGUGGUUCACUGUGCUAAGAGACUAUUUGGAAAUGCAGAGUUUAUAGUACUAUUCAACAGUACUUGGUGCCUGCCUACACUGCCAAAAGCUGUGACUCCAGCCGCAGUCGGCGCCUUCUGAAUCUACCCCCAAACUCUCAAAUGGGAUUUGUCUUGAAUGUUUUGAUUUCAUAAGCUUUAAGUUGAAAAUCAUCAUAAUUAACAAUAUAAAGGCUUAUAAAAACAUCCGUCAUCCUAAAGUUAAUCAACAUAAUGUGUUUCACUCAGUAAAGUUAGUUACUGAUUAAUUAAUUUUUUUAUCAUAUAGUGUAUUGAAGCCAACUUCUUACGCUAUGGCCUCUCGUGCAGAAUUCCAUAUAACAUAAUGUUUCUGUAUUAAAACUGCCUUUUAUUGGUGUUGUGUAACAUUUCAAAUUCUGUGAAACUACAUUUUGGAUUUUCAUAAGAUAUAAGCUAUGAUCAUCUAAAUUAA